ACAGGUGUGUAAAUGGCCUUUAAGUGGCACUGAACGCGGUUGAACAGCCCCGGGGCCGUCGGAGGGCUGCCCGGCCGAUGUUCCUUUUGGGCGGCGGCGGGGUUAAAUUGACAUGCGGCACGUCGCUUUCUCUCUGUCGGGCUCUUCACGCCAACUCCGCCGUCAGUGACGUAGGCGUCACGUGCUCGCCUCUUCCCUCUCGACGUCCGCCGUGUUUCCCUUCCUUCCGUCCGCGCGUCCAUUGGCUGCGCCGACACUGGAACCAGCACCAAAUCGGCAAGGCCGAGCCGGAGAGGGGUCGCGGUCGCGGUCGCGAGCAGCCGCCGGGCUCCAGGCGUCAAGACAACCGGCCGAUGGACCGAGCAGCUUCCACCUUGAAGUUACCGUCAAUGAGGCGCAGACCUCCGGGCAGUGUGCUUCUCCUUCCGCCGAGCUCCAAUCAUUGAAAACUUUUUUUAUUUAUUUUUUUAUAUCUUUUUGCUUUUUUGUUGUUGUUGUUUUGUUUUGUGCGCCGACAACGUGAGGCCGCCCAUGAGAGCUCCAAGCGGACCUAUGAGCAUGCCGUGCGCACUCCCGCCCUCGGCGCCUGGCCUCUAGGCUGCCAGCAACGAGCCAUCCUCCCAAUCGCACCCUACUCGCAGUUAUUCCAGCGACGCUCCCCACCGUGUGGCCACACCAUGGCCAGCAAGAGGAAGUCUACGAUACCUUGUAUGAUCCCCAGCAAAAUCAGACACCACUUUGAGGACAUGGACAUGCCGGUCCUUCAGCGGCAAACUAUAACUUCCGGAGGGGGCGCGCACAGCCCGCCGAACCUCGCAGACUCUCCCUUACUGGAGGCAGCAGACCCUCCCGUCGACGACGCAGGUACCUAUAUCUGCAAGCCUUGCAACUUCGAAACCUACGACCUUAACUUGUUCUUAGACCACGUGUACGCCGGGCACCCGGAAUUUCGUUCGGACCCGAGCUUCGUCUGUCUGAACUGUGGCUUUUCGGCACUUAAGUUUGAGGGCUUGGCCCUGCACAAUGCCAGGAUUCACCCCAGCAUGUUUAAUUGCCCUCUGCAGCUGAGAAGGAGGGACAGGAGGGCGGUGGUGGAGCAGACUAUAGUACCUGGGACAGAUGAGGGCAAAGAUAAUGAGAUUUCCAUCACCAAAACACCAAUCAUGAGGAUGCUGAAGGGCAAAUCGGAGCCUAAACGAAUUGUAGUGUCCCAGCCUUCGUCAGAUGCGCUCUCCAUUUAUGGCUCCAAGGAGACUGUUGCAAUGGCCCAUGUGCCCACAAUUGUCCACAAUGGAACAAACAAGGUCACACUACCCUCAGCGAUUCAGAUCGUCAAUGGGUCUGGAGCUUUGCCGGUGCUCAAGAGCCCCAUCGCCCAGAACAAAAGCCUGCAUCAGUCCUCUGCGACCACAGUUUCCUCAGAUGCCUCAACUUCCAAGAAUCUCCCAAAGGUGAUGAUUCCUUUGAGCAGCAUCCCCACCUACAAUGCCUCCAUGGACUCCUCCUCCUUUUUGAAGACCUCCUUCAGCAAAUUCCCGUAUCCCACGAAGGCGGAGCUCUGCUACCUGACUGUGGUCACAAAGUUCCCCGAAGAGCAGAUCAAGAUCUGGUUCACAGCGCAGAGACUCAAACAAGGCAUCAGCUGGUCUCCCGAGGAGAUCGAGGAAGCCAGGAGGAAAAUGUUCAACACUAUCAUCCAAAGCAGCGCGCACAAUCAGUCGCACAGUCCCGCUCAGCAAACAAUCACAGUCCUGGGGGCCACGGGGAUCCCUCAAAUCCUGCAGGGCUCUCUCGUCAGCCAAGGGGGUGUCCUCGUCACGCAGCCCGUGAUGGCCAACGGUCUUCAGGUCAACGGCACCCCUGUGGCGCUGGCCGUCACACCCAAGCCCCAGGCGGCGGCCCGACCUAUGAUGCAGGCCCGACCCGCCGCGGCGCUAGUGGCCGACAAGGGCGCCGGCAUGAUGGUGGGGGCGGUGGCCAGCGGCGGUACGGGAAGCAACAUCAUCGGCAGCAGUAAGAGCAGCAGGAGUGGAGGAGGGGCCGCGAGCAACGUCAUUAGCAGCAGCAGCCAAGCUAGCGUCAUCAAUCUCACUCUGGGGAACAAUAACCACGGCAAUGCAAAGGUGAGUAGCGCCACUGUGAAAUGCCACAGCGGUGCCAACGGCAAGAACAAAACCCAUGUCGGCAAAAGUGCAAACCCCCCCAAAGUCAAUGUAGACGGCAAGCCUUCAAAUGGCAGCAGCGCAACAGACUACAAUGGGCAAAAGAGCAAAGACCCGAGCGGCAGUCGGAACAAAAACGACGCCUCUUGCGCCGGUGCAGAUGACGCGGACCUCAGCGCAAGCAACUCCUUCAAAAUGGACGAGGCUUCGUCCCCUUCCUCCAAAUCCUCGUCGCCGUCUCCUGCGGCGGGCGCCUCUGGCAGCUCCCUGAGCUCCCGCAGCAUCAACGCGUUCCUGGACCCGAGCUUUUGCAAGGGCAAGAAGUCCCAGGAGCAGCUGGGCACUCUCAAGGACAGUUUUCUGAGCAACCCGUACCCCGACCAGGAGGAGGUGGACCGCCUCAUCUCUCUGACGGGGCUCACGGUGCGGGAAGUCCGCAAGUGGUUUAGUGAUCGACGCUACCACCUUCGCAACCUCAAGGGCCCGCGCUCCAGCACGGGCGCGCCGAACAAGUCGUCGGCAGGGAGCGGCGCGGCGGGCGGCGACGCGGGCAGCCCCGGACCCGUCGACCUGUCGGAAAACGGCAGCGGCACCUACUCUGGCGCAAAAACGGCGGAGCACAGUUCCGCUCCUCUGAGCCCGACGUCAACGCACACUCCCACGUCUCCCGUCACGCCGUCGCGCAGACUGCCCAGAUCACCUUCUCCCGAUUUCACCGUCGUCCGCUACAAGGAGAGAGAACCUCACCAGAUCAAAGCGCUAGAGGCCAGCUUCGCUCAGGACACCGAGCCGUCAGGAGAAGAAGUGGACAGACUGCGACGUGAGACCAAGAUGACCCGGAGGGAGAUCCAUAACUGGUUCACCGAGAGGAGGAAGAAAGCAGCAGCGGCCGAAAAAAGGAAAGAGGAGGCGGCGCGGGCGUUGGGCUGCGGGACGGAAGCUUAUGGAGAGGAAGGACUAAAUGACGACGCUUCUGGAGAACUCAAAGUCAACCCCAUUAAGAUCAAUUUGAAGAUGCUGAAGGUGACCGAGGCCAACGGCAAACCGGAGGAUGAGGUGCCGGACGGCCCCAGCGGAAGCGCUCAGUCCAGCGCUCCUGCCAACCCGAAACCCGUCGCGUUGCGAGGUAAGAAAACGGCAGAGCAGCUGCACCUGCUCAAGCAAGUCUACGCGCGAACGCAGUGGCCCAGCGCCGCUCAGUACGACGAGCUCCUCUCGGGCACGGGGCUGCCCCGGCCCGACGUGGUGCGCUGGUUCGGGGACUGUCGCUACAUGCAGAAGAGCAGCCAGCUGAAGUGGUUGGAGGCUUACCAGAACAUGGCCCUGGAGGAAGAUCUAAACCAGGACAAGGGGCACCUCCUCCAGGCCCACCUCGACGGCCACGGCAGUCAGGAAGAGUCGCAGUUACAGGAACUGUCAAAGGCGACCGGUUUGACAACAGAUCUGGUGAGGCAUUGGCUCGUCACCAGGGCAUCUGCGGCUCGACCGGAGCAAGCGUCUGGGCCGAAACCGGCGCCGGGCGUCACAGCCGAGCCGCCGUCGGCAGUCUCCUCCCCUCUGGAGCCGCACCCGAAAGCAGGGCGUGACGAGAAAAUAGAGCAGUCACUGUGCGGACAAGCCGGGGAGGGCGAUACUCCCAAGACUGUUGCUUGUACUGAAGGAGCAGAUUGAGGUGGUGGAUUUAAAAACAUGACAGGAUCGCCGGAUGGGAAUGGGCCUUCAAACCUUUCGUCCCCCACCUCAAUGGGCAGAUGUGACCUCAGCCGUUUCGUGAGAUGGGACACAAAAAACUCCGGCCCACCCUUUUGUUUUCUUCAUGCCCCUUCCAAGAUCCUGCUGUCCACCAUGUUCCUUAAUGGCAGUUUGAGUAGUAGUGGAAGAAAAAGUGACGGUACAAUAACUAGUGUGGUGGGGACCCACAAUUUGUGAGGUUUAGCCGCGUGUGUCAUUCACUGUAGUUUGCUGCUGGAUGCGUUUCCUGAAGCCUUUAAAGUAAAAACAUCGCCGUCUUGCACACACUCUGGACUCGCGAAACGUGUAAGUGGGGCUCAUCGUUGCAUCGAACGACAAAAUAAGCACUGGGGGGUUUUCUGACAUUGUCCAUUCAUUUGUACAUACUGUAAAAAAAUAUAUAUAAAAGGAUGAGAUGCAUGCAUCUUAAGCAGGCAAGAACACAAACUGACAAGUGGGGGAGCGUUUGUAUGGCACAAGUGCUCCUUUACAUCCUUGACGUGUUUGAACGUUUAUUUUUAUGGAGGGUUUUUACAUUACGUACAUUUGACUGCAAAAGAACAGAACUUUUCCAGAGUUCCCUACUUAGGUUUAAUGUAUCAUUUUUACAGGUGGUAUUUGCAGAAUAAAUGAAUGUCAUGAAAGGUU